AUGACCGAAGCUUUUGCGCAAAUUUCCGCUUCGGGCACUGUUACAUUCUCCGACCCGCCUCUGCUUUUCAAGGGAAGAAGUCGACUCCGUGUUGCCUUCUGCACAAACACAGACCAGGAUGGAUGGUGGCCUGGGUCAGAGGAGGACGUAUAUGCGGGGGCGAGCGGCCCAUGGGCGGAAGACUCCAUGUUCGCAUCGAGUUGUGUAUAA